AUGGAGAUGUCGGCGUUCCGUGCUACCUAUCAUGCAGGUAUAGCAUCACUGCAAUCAGCCCCUCCUUUCCCCCCUCCCCUUCAGAUCACAUCUUCCCCCUGGAUUCAUCCCUUCUUUCCCCUCUCUCCCCUCCAGAUCGCACCCGCCAUUUGGAUUCAUCCCUUUCUUUCCCCCAUCCCCUUCAGAUCGCAACUCCCCCCUGUAUUCAUCCCUUCUUUCCCUCCCUCCCCUUCAGAUCGCACCCGCCCCCUGGAUUCAUCGCACCCACCCUUUGGAUUCAUCCCCUCCUUUCCCCCCUCCCCUUCAGAUCCCCCCACCCCCCUUAGAAUCAUCCCUUCUUUCCCUCCCUCCCGUUCAUAUCGCACCCACCCUUUGGACUCAUCCAACCCUUUCCCCCCUCCCCUUCAGAUUGCACCCGCCCUUUGGAUUCAUCCCCUCCUUUCCCCCCUCCCCUUCGGAUCCCCCCACCCCUCUUGGAAUCAUCCCUUCUUUCCCUCCCUCCCCUUCAGAUCGCACCCGCCCUUUGGACUCAUCCAACCCUUUCCCCCCUCCCCUUCAGAUCGCACCCGCCCUUUGGAUUCAUCUCCUCCUUUCCCCCCUCCCCUUCAGAUCCCCCCGCCCCCCUUGGAAUCAUCCAUUCUUUCCCUCCCUCCCCUUCAGAUCACACCCGCCAUUUGGACUCAUCCAAACCUUUCCCCCCUCCCCUUCAGAUCGCAUCUCCCCCCUGGAUUCAUCCCUUCUUUCCCUCCCUCCCCUGAGUCUUUCGAUUCUCCCAAGGGCGCGAGGGUGCACCGAGCGCCCACGUCGGCAACAAACAGUGCAGUGGGCAUGAAAGGCAAGGAGCCAGAUUCGCACCCGACCUUUAAAUUCAUCCCCUCUUUCCCCCCCUCCCUUCAGACCCCCCUAGCCCCCUUGGAUUCAUCCCUUCUUUCCCUCCUCCCCUUCAGAUCGCACCUGCCCCUGGAUUCAUCCCCUCCUUUCCCCUAUCCCCUUCAGAUCUCACCCCCCCUGGGAUCAUCCCCUCCUUUUCUCCCUCCACUAUAA